AUGACAAUAGAUAUUGAUUUGAAUUUAUUAGCUGCAGAUGAAGAUGAAGGUAUUGAGCAAAUUGCUUUAGGGGAAUCACAAAACAUUGUACCAGACCUUAACCAGGCAGUGGAAGAUGAUUUUACUGUUGGCCUUGACCUCAAUAUGAGUUCUGAAAUAAGAAGAAGUCAGAGAGAAUUUGAUUUGAACGAAGAACCAUACUUUACAGAGAAUAAUUCUCCUGAAGAUGACGAUGACACAAAUACAGAAGUGAAUGAUGAAGCAAUCCCAAAUUCCAUUUUGAAUUCUACUGGAGAUAUAAAUGAAGCACAAAUUGAUGAUAGCAGCAAGCGACGUAAAUUUUUAACCACUGAAGAAAGAAAAUCAGUAUCUCGUCUCUUGUUGCAAUCUAGUGUGAAUGGAAAAUUAAAGAAAGGUACAACAAAAAUGAUUUCUUCAUUGUAUCCGGUUUCCAUAAGAGUUAUCCAGCGUAUUUGGAAGCAACUAAAGGACGUCGGUGAUGUGUCUCAUAAAAAGACAAAAAAUUGUGGACGUAAGAGAGUUCAAAUCGACCACACUCAAUUCCGCAAUGUUCCUUUAUCAAAAAGGACUACUUUAAGAUCUUUAUCUUGUGCAUUGAAUAUAAGCAAGUCCUCAUUGGCAAGACUUCUUAACCAUGGAACUAUACGGCGUCACUCUAAUGCCAUAAAACCAUUUUUGAAAGAAGAAAACAAGAUCUCUCGAUUGAACUUUUGUUUGUCAAUGCUUGAACGUGGUAGCAUACCGCAUAAUCCAACUUUCACAGCUAUGCAUAACAUUGUUCAUAUCGAUGAGAAAUGGUUAUACAUUACCAAGAAGUCCAUGCAUUAUUAUUUGCUACCAGAUGAGGAGGAACCAUUGCGCACUUGCAAGAGCAAAAAUUUCAUUGCAAAAGUAAUGUUUUUGGUUGCUGUAGCCCGCCCGAGAUUUGAUGCAGAAGGGAAUGAAGUAUUUUCAGGAAAAAUCGGUGUUUUCCCUUUUGUCACUCAAGAGCCAGCUAAAAGAAACAGUGUUCUACCUGCCAUCAGAGAAAAGUGGCCAAAAGAUUGUGUACGGGAUCCGAUUUUUAUUCAACAAGAUAAUGCCAGAACUCACAUUGAUCACAACGAUGCAGAAUUUUGUGAAGCGGCUAAAUUAGGUGGGUUUGAUAUUCGCUUAAUGUGUCAACCUCCAAAUUCUCCUGAUCUAAAUGUCUUAGACCUUGGGUUUUUUAGUGCGAUUCAGUCAUUACAAUAUAAGGAAGCUCCAAAAACUAUUGAUGAACUUGUGAGUGCUGUGGAGCGUUCAUUUGAAGCUUUUUCUGCUGUUCAAUCUAAUCGCGUAUUUUUAACCUUGCAAUCAUGCAUGAUUGAAAUAAUGAAGACAAGAGGUUCAAACAAUUAUAAAAUUCCACAUAUUAAGAAAGCAAUAUUACAAAGAGAAGGUCAACUCCCUACACAAAUGAAAUGUGACCCAUCUAUUGUGGAAGAUGUUUUACAAUCUUUGAGAAAUGAUUCUAAUUGA